GAUAUCCCGUAGAAUCAACAAAAUUUCAUAACGCGUGACAAAAAGUUGGAAAAGGAGAAUCCAAGUGCUCACCUACUUAAUAAAAUCUUGGGCUAUUUGGACCUUUGUGCCCUCAAAUAUCAUCAUGUGUAAACACGUAUUGAAUGCUCAAGUGGCCAUCCGCUCGCCAUGCUGCAAAAAAUGGUUCGACUGUGCGGAAUGCCACCACGAGCAGGAGUCGCACCAGCUGCUACAAGCUUUUGAGAUGACAUUUGCUUGCAAGAAGUGCAAGAAAUGUUUCCGAAAAGACGCCCAGGAAUUCGAAGAGGCCGACGAAUACUGCCCUCACUGCGAUAACCACUUCGUUAUCGAUGCCAUUAUACCUAAGCCCGCCCUAACCGUCGAAGGCGACGAUGCGCGGAUGAACAACCGUAUGCUGAAGGAUGAUCGUGUGAAACAGGAUCAGCACAAGACCAUCUUCGAUAUCCAGAGUGACGCGGAUAAACUAGGUUAAUAGCGCCGGAUAUGCCGGGUCAAGAUCAAAUAGAAAGAUGGACGGCACGAUUCUAGGUUGCGGAGCGAUGCAUUUCACAUGAUACCACACGUUUAGACUUUUAGA